AUUGACUUUUAACGUGGUGGCUCUGUGGUGGGAUGUGGGGUUAACCUAACAUCAUUACAAAAUUUACAAAUCAUAGUUACGGUGGUUUAUUUGGAAAUGUUUUCUGUAGAUGCCCAGUCUCAUUUAUUACAUAUGAAUUUUUGUUAUGUUUAAUCCCUAGUGUUGGUUUGGCUUGUGACUCUCAUUUUUUAUUUGAAAUAUUUCAAACAUACAUAAAAGAGUGUAUGUCCAGAUGCCAUUUAUCUAGCAAACAUAACUCUGUAGAACAGUAGUUGCCAACUUUAUUUAUUAAUGUAGCAGCGGAAGCCUUUUUGCAAAUGGCAUCCUAUGCAGAAGCCCAGUAUAUAAAACAUCUCAGAGCUUCUCUGGUUGAAGCAAAAAUGGAGGGCUUGGAGCCUUCCUAGAUUAAACCCCACCUUGGCCACCCCUUUCUACACCAUGGUAGCCCCUGAAAUCUGCUCACACAGCCUGAUGGUCCUGUGAGCACAGCUGAAAAGCACAGAUUAAGAACAGGUUCAAGAAUCAGAAAGCAAGCUAAACACGGUGAUCAGAUCAGCCAUAGCAGGUGAUCCGGUGUGCAAAUAUUAAAGCCCAUCCGUUUUAUUCAUAGAGGAGCCUCUGAGAUUCUCAUUCAGAACUCUGUGCUCUUAUGUUAGCCACAAUUCUAACAAGCUUUGCAAUCUGGUUUCUCAGUCAUGGAAGAAUAGAAGAACAACUCAGGGGAGGAAGCAGUCAGACAUAGCCAGACAUGGCUGCUAGCAGUUCCACCAAUGAAAGAGGAGACCAGGAUGUUUAAAACAGGCAAACACAAAGUGUGAAAAACUAGAAGCUAAAACUUCUGAGGUCGUUUAAGCAGGGACUAUCAUUAUCCCUGGAAGCGGAGAGAAGUUCAGUCCCUUGCCCAACAUCACACCGCAAGCAUGCGUUGGAGCUGAGAUUCAAACCCAGGCAUUCAGGGUCCAGGGGUGAUGCUCUUAAUAUAUUCCAUAUCUUAGGAGAAUUUCUCCUAUUUAAACAAUAAAAGUGCAAAAAUCUUGUGGCUAGCGACAAUUUUCAGUUGUUUGGAAAACUUAUUUAUCCAAUAAGUGGAGAACUCACUUGUCCUCCAACAAUUCUGGAUAAAUGAAAGAACGAAUUGAACUGAGACUGGUAUCCGGGUCUCCCAGUACUUUGUAGUUCCUAUCCAUAGGGCUUGUCAGGAAGGCCACAGGGAGGUAAACUAACUCGAGCAGGUCUGAGUAACCAGAAACAAUCCCACAUCAGACUGUUGGCAGUGGGAGUGGAACACUCAGAGCUGAACCGCGUGCAAGAUGCUUGCAUUUUCAUUUGCAAUGUUGUCAUCUUCCUCAUGGCUCAAGAGGUAUUUUGGAGUUGACAUGAAGGCUACUGUAAUUUUUAGAGGCUUUUUGCUUUCUGGCUUGUAUUUACAUAUUGUGGUAGAAGAGUCAGAAGACUUCAAGCUUCAAAAGUGAAUCUUGUUGCAACUUACGAAAGCACCACCCUGUGGGGUGCAGCUGUCAGCAUGUGUCACCCCAGGCGCUGUGAUUUCCCUGGCUUCAUCCAAAUUUGGUUGCUGUUCUUCAUGCUCAGGAAUUCUGCAAUUGCCAUAGCUUUUGCUGUUGUUAUGUCUGUAGGUAUGGACUCACUUCUACCAUUCUGGAAUGAAACAUUAUUUCAAGGAAAGCUUCUCAUUGUAAAAGGUCCACACAUUCAGAAGGCAACUGGGAGCACAUUUUCUCAUAGGCCUGAAGCAUUGACUGACUAUGCGUCUUUCCCCUUAGCCUUGUCAUCAUAUUGUAAGUGGAUGAGUCAUGGACAACAUUUUCACACACAUACAUGAGGUCUGUCGACCGGUCCUUAGGACAACUAGAUUUCUUUUCUUUCUUUGUUUUAAAGAAGAAGACAAGUCAAGAUACAGCAGAUAAAAAUUCUCAGCACAUUUGCUGAAAUCUUAGCAAAAUCAAA